UCUAGGGUUUCAAAUUUCCUUCACAAUCAACGGCCUAAUUUGCAGAGAGUGAAAAAUGGGAGGUAAGUGUCCACACAGGAGCGUAAAGAAGCGAAGAUACUCUCACAAAACUUUUCGCCGUUCAAAAUUCCUCGUAAAAGGUGACGACGCCGUUUACGACGAACUUAAAAAGCCAGCUGAGCAACGGAAAGAGUUUCCCGUCGACGAAGAUCUUCCCGGAAUGGGUCAAUACUACUGUUUACACUGCGAUCGAUAUUUCGCGAAUGUUGCGGUGAGGGACGAUCAUUUCAAGACGAAAAAGCACAGGAAGCGUGUGAAAAUAAUGAUGGGCCCUGCACCACACACCCAACUUGAUGCUGAUUUAGCUGCUGGAAUGGGUAUGCCAGAUAAUGGUCCAAAGCUAAUGUCGAUGUGUUGAGCUUCUCUCGUCCUGCUUAUAACUCCUAUGGUACUGGUAGAGUUCUUUUCAACUUUGAGAAUUUAUCUUAGGAACAUAGGUUUUUGUUAGUCUACAUCUCCCUCUCAGUAUAGCAAGUUUAAAAGAUAGAUAGUGAUUUUAGUUGGGUGGUUAUGUUUGGCCAAGAUUCAGCAAGACGCUAGCUAGUCUUAUACAUUUUCUCUCUGUUGUAUCAGCCAAAGAUUGCUUAAAACAGCAUCUUUGUGUUUCUAUACCAAGGGGCGGUAUGGACUUGACAGGUUAAAUACUGAAAUAAAAGUAAUUUUCCAGAAUCUUUGUUAAACUGCAGAACGUAUAUAGUCCAUCUUACCAGA